AUGGCAUGCAAUACAAGCACUGUCACCCCAGACCUAAACCUACACCAGCAUGACCACCCUGGUAACAGCGAUGCUGCCUCUGAAGCCCAUCUCCAAGCCCUCCUCACAGCCAAGCUCGCAGCUGUACCGCCAUAUCACCUCCCCGCAAUCACUCUGUCAUCAAUCCUAACGCAGUCCCCGCGCGCGCUUCACCUCCCCCACACACCCCUCGACAUCCAGCUCGCCUUCUUUCUGCGCCACCGUGCUGCCAUGGACACGUACUAUGGACAACCAAUCAAAGACAGCGAGAAGCAGCACAUUGACGUAACGCGGGCGAUCUGGUACUACCGGAUAGACGAGCGUAGACAAUGGGUCCGCUACCAUGACACCACGCGCUGGAACCUCGCCAUCUUCAUCGCCUUACUCGCCCAAGAUGAAAUUGAUGGUAGAACCAGCAGCACAACGUCAAAAUCAGGCGCCAUACUCUCACCGUCCGCUUACCGUUUCAUCAUCAGCUACCUCGCUGCUGUACUCGAAUACCAUAAUGCGCCCUCGACAAGCUUCACAGCGCGCGAGGCGUUCGUCGCAAAGUGGAAGAACAGCAAUUGGGAUAUCUUCACUGCCUUUGGCGGCUCGCAGAAGAAGAUUCUGAAGAGCCGGAUGAAGUUCCUGAACAAGGAAUGGGAGCUCGAGUUGGAGUACGUGCUGUCGAAGCUGGGUGAGAACGAGUUUGAGAAGAGGGUUGCCGGCUUUGUUGGGUGUGUUGUUCCCGGCAGGAGGGAUGGCGAUGCACGUGGCGCCGAUGCGCAGGGCAGUGGUCCCGACGGACAUGUCAUGGAGACAGCGGGUGGGAAUGAGAUACUCGACGCCUUGAAAGUUCCGUUUACACCCAAGGUCAAGGCGGAUAAGAGUCAGGGACAGUCGCAUAACCCAGGCGCCGAGCUUGAGGAAGAUGUCGCGACAGUGACGGAUUUGAGGCAGGCGAUUGCAGCGGUGCUGAGGAUGAGGCCGCGCAAUAUUCUACCCGUGUUGAUGCGGGUGUUUGCUGAGAAAGAGUAG